AUGUAAUAAGAAUAAUAAAUAUUAGUGCAAUUAUUAUCAGUAUCUGAUAGAAUACCUGAACUGAUUUGCAAAUUUCUAUAAGAAGUCACUUUUCUAAGAUAGUUUGAUGAGACUUAAGGUCAAGGUUUUAUGAGAAAAUUAGCAGGUUUAGUCUAAUUUAAGAUAUUUCAAUAAGAUGAGAUAAUAUUAGAAUAAGGAAGACCUGUUAACUCAUUAUACAUAUUUAUGUAUGGAUAAGUAGGAAAACUUUAAAAUAAAAGAGAUAAAAACUUUGAAGUCGUAUAAGAGAAAACAGCAAUUGGCGAAAUAUAUUUUCUAACUCGCUAAGCUUGUAAAUUCUGGUUUUAAGCAUUGAAAUCAUCCCUUAUUUGUUAUGUAACAAAAGACAAUUUCUACAAAAUUGUUAAAAAGAAAAAUAUUACAAUGUCAUUGUUAAAUGAAUUACUAUAAUAUCCAUUUUUUACAUAAUUAUCAAUAAGGUAAAGUAAUUUAAUUUAUUAAUGUAGUUUUAUAGAAUAGAUAUGCUAAAAGAGUUAAACAGUUAAUUAUUUAAAUCAUCAGAUUGUAUUUGAUAUUGAUUAAGAUGCAAACAGUUGGUAUAUAGUCAUUUAAGGCGAGUUUGUAGUUUUAUAUCAACAUUAAAAAAAAUACUUUCCACUUAUUCUACUGUCUUAAGGAGAUUAUUUUGGAGAAAUUGAAAUUGUAUAAAAGAUGUAGCGCUAAUAUAGAAUAUAAUGUAUAAGUAAUGAAGCAACUUUAUUAGAAAUAAAUAAAUAAUCAUUUUAAUAAUUAAUGAUUUAUGAUUAACAAUUUAAGAUUAUGAUUCAUCAAAAUAUAUUGAAUAGAAUUAAUUCAUAUCAUGAAAUAAUCAAAUAAAAUAUACUUACUUUAAGUAUACCUUUGUCAAGUAAAAGAAGUAGAUCAAAAAUACAUCUGAAAUCUAUUCAUUUAAAAAUAAAAAGUACUGAAACUUCAGUUGAACCAAAUGUUUAAGAAUUUUAAAGUGAAAGAGAGAAGGCUUUAUUAAAUUUAUUAGAAUCUAAAAUAGUUAAGAAAGAGAAUAAAAAAACCUUAUAUUAAAGAUUGAGACAAUAAAAUCCUAGAUUGUUAUAAUUUCUUGAAAAAAUGGAGGAAGUUAAGUAGUCUUAAUAUAAAUAAUAAUAAUAGAAAAGAUUUGAAUAAAUAAAGCAGCUUCCUUCAAUUUAAUUAAAUCUUAUGAUUCAUUCUAUUUAAUCUUAUUCUCAGAUACCUUUAUUGUCUUUUAAAGGAGAUUCUCCAAUAAAAAUAAGAUAAUUAUCUAAAAGCAGAAAUAAAAAUAAUAAUUCUUCUGUACAUACUUUAUAACAAACUUAAGAGAUUUUGACAAACAUGGGAUAAGGUAAAUAUUUUAAAUUGUUAUUUCAUAAAAAAGAAACUUGA